AUGCCCAGUUCUGGAGAAUCGUCUGAUGAGGAGAGCAAACCUCCCACUGCCGAAGAAGUCGACGAGUUCAUCCGACACAACAAAGUAGACGAACGCGCUGCGCAAGACCUGAGAGAAUGCCCUCCCGAGGUCCAAAAGCGCGUUCUCUGCAGGGGAGAUUUGAAUAGUGCGCGGAACCCCUCUGCUGCCGUGCUCGUUCGGAUUCGUGAUGCGCGCGUCGAAGAGCGGCCGGGCGGGAAAGCGCCCAGACCCAUGGGUUUGCCCAGCAGUGCAGAGGUGAAUGGCUACCUCAAGGCGAAUGGUGUCAAUGAAACUGCCGCUGCGGCCUUGAGAAGCUGUUCUCCAACGGUGAAGCGAGCAGUGCUGUCGAGCGGCGAUGUGAUAGGCGCCUAUGAUCCUUCUGCGGCUCUCAUGGCCAAAAUCAGAGAUGUGAAAGCCGGCGGCAGUGGCAACGUCAGUUUGGCUCCUCCAGGGAUGCCACCGCCGAUGCCAACUGCAGACGAAAUAGAUGCAUUUAUCGACAACAACGACUUAGAUGAAAGUGCCGAAGCGCAGCUCAAGGCGUGUCCACCAUACGUGAUUGCGCUGGUGCUGAGCAAAGGGGACUUGCGGGGCACCCGCAACCCUUCGUCCGCUGUGCUAUCACGCAUUCGGGAUGCCAAGGCCGCACCACCGCCUAUGAUGCCAGCUCCCUUCCCUGGCCAUCCGCCACCCUUUGGCUUUCCGCCACCGGGUGCGCCUUUCGGAUAUCCUCCGCCUCACUUAGCACCGCCGGGCUAUCCGCCGAUGUAUCCUCCACCGGGCCUUCGCCUCAGAUCGACGCCGCGCCGAUUGAUCGGCGGUAGCACUGUACGAGACAAGAAAAACUUCAGCUUGCGUCCAGGUUAUCCUGGACCUCCGGGCUACUAUGCGCCACCUGGCUAUCCAGGCCAAGUGUUUGCCAUAAAUGCGUCCGGACUCAACUUGUUUGGAUCAUGGUCGUCCGGGUUUGAGCCGAGGAGCAUUGGACCAUCGCAGUUGCGCUCUCUUUGCUGCGCUGUGGCCUCCGCCCAGUUGGGGCGGCACAUCUCGGUCGCGCGCGCUGCACGCAAGAAGAGCAAGGGCGGAAAAGGCAAGAGCAAGGGCGGUGCACCGUCCUCGACACCAAUCCCGUCCUCGGGGAGUGCAGCCCCUGAUGCAUAUGAUCAAGAGACACGGGACAUUAUCCUGUCCUUGGACCAUGUGGAGAAGAAGGCUCAGGAUGGAAGUUACAUCUUGAAGGACGUGUGUUUGGGCAUGUACAUGGGUGCCAAGAUCGGCAUCUUGGGGCGGAACGGAGCCGGAAAAAGCACCGUGAUGCGAAUCCUGGCUGGGCAAGACGAUGAGUUUCAAGGGACACUCCACAUGGAUCCUGAGAUCCGAGUUGGAUAUUUGCCUCAGGAGCCCGUUUUGGAAGAGGACACGGUGAUUGAAACCUUAGAGCCCGCGGUGCAAAAUGUCAAAGACAUGGUGAAGAGAUUUGAAGAUGUCAGCAUGCAAAUGGCCGAGCCUGAUGCUGACAUUGACGAGUUAAUGGUGGAGAUGGAAAAGCUUCAAACAAAGAUUGAUGCCAUGAAUGGAUGGCAAAUCGACGAGAAGCUCGAUCAGGCCAUGGAAGCGCUCCGCUGCCCGCCACGCGACGCGAAGAUCGCGACACUGAGUGGCGGCGAGCUGCGCCGUGUGGCCAUUUGUCGGCUGCUUUUGUCCCAACCAGACAUCUUGCUGCUGGACGAACCCACCAACCACCUGGAUGCGCAAAGUGUGGCAUGGCUGGAGCGAUUCCUUGCAGACUUCAAGGGCACUGUGGUUGCCAUCACGCACGACCGCUACUUCCUCGACAAUGUCGCGGGCUGGAUCUUGGAGCUGGACCGGGGCAAAGGCAUUCCGUUUCAAGGCAACUACUCUGGCUGGCUUGAGUUCAAAGCAAACAGGCUGGCAUCCGAAGAGAAACGGAAGGCCACCUUGGAAUCCCAGAUGGCCAAGGAGCUGGAGUUUAUCAAUGCCAAUCGCAGUGGCAGGCAGAAGAAGGGCAAGGCACGUCUGCGAAAAUAUGAAGACUUGGAAGCUGCAGCCGCAUCGUUCAAUCGCAAUUCUGAACUGGAUUCCAUCGUGAUCACUCCCGGGCCUCGCCUGGAUCCAAGAAACGCAGUGGUGCAAGUGAAGCAUGCCUCCAAGGGCUAUGGUACUCGUCUACUCAUUGACGAUGCAAACUUCGAGAUCCCACCUGGCUCGGUUGUCGGCAUCAUUGGCCCCAAUGGUGCUGGCAAAUCCACUCUCUUUAAGAUGAUGAUGGGUACUGAGACGCCUGACGACGGUGAGGUGAUCUUGGGGAAGACUGUGGCUCCCAUGUAUGUGGAGCAGAUGCGAGAGGACUUAGACCCCAAUUCCACCGUCUUCGAAGAACUCACAGACGGACUUGAGUCCUUUGACAUUGGUGGAAGGGAGGUGAACAGCAGGGCUUAUUGCUCCUGGUUCAACUUCAGAGGCUCAAUCCAACAGCGGACUGUCUCCUCCUUGAGUGGUGGUGAGCGAAACCGCCUACAACUGGCCAAGACCCUCAGAAUGGGUGGCAAUCUGCUGAUGCUGGAUGAGCCCUCUAACGAUCUUGAUGUGGAGACGCUGCGGGCACUAGAAACUGCCAUUGAAAACUUUGCGGGCACCGUGCUGUGCAUCAGUCACGACCGCUGGUUUUUAGAUCGCAUUGCCACCCAUAUCAUUGCCUAUGAGGGAGAGUCCUCUGUGAGAUUCUUCGAAGGAGGUUACUCCGACUAUGAGGAGGACCUCCUGGCCAGGACUGGCAGUAAAGAUCCCGUGAAGGUCAGCUACAAGCCCAUGCCAUCCUUUGCUUAA